CUUUAAGCCAUCCCCAUCAAUGCCCGUUUGAUCCUCUCUCUCUCUCUCUCUCUCUCUCUCUGUAUAUAUAUAUAUAUAUGUAUACAUCAUACCUCACUCUGUUUCUCACAUGGCGGCUAAAACUCUGCAACUCCAAUAUCCGUCUCGUUUCUCAACCUCCCGAUCAAAGCUAUUAGGAUCGAGUCAAAACCAUCUGGGAUUCGAAUGUGGGAUCGUGAGAAAUCCGAUCAAAUGGGAGGGUUUGGGCGUGUCGUCGGUGGGGUUUAUGAGAAACAGAGCAGGAGGGAAAACAGAGGAGUUGAAGGGACAAGCGGUGAGGUGCGCGGCAGAGGGGAUAGAGAGAGGAAUCAUAGUGGGAGAAAAAGGAGAUGAUAAGGUAGAAGUGAGAAUUCCGGAGAGGUUGAAGGUGGUGGCAUUAAUGGCGUGCGUCAUGUGUCUCUGUAAUGCCGAUCGAGUUGUCAUGUCCGUUGCUGUUGUUCCUCUCGCUGCAAAACUUGGUUGGUCAAAUUCUUUCCUUGGCAUCGUUCAGUCAUCAUUUCUUUGGGGAUACAUAUUCUCGUCAGUAAUAGGAGGAAGGUUGGUGGACAAAUAUGGAGGAAAAAAGGUUUUGGCAUGGGGCGUAGGAAUAUGGUCUUUGGCUACACUUCUUACUCCUUGGGCUGCCAACCACUCCACAACUACACUCUUCACAAUUCGAGCCAUCUUUGGACUUGCCCAAGGCGUAGCUUUACCUUCCAUGACCACGUUCCUUUUCAGGUGGUUCCCAAGUCAUGAACGUGCAACUGCAGUUGGUAUUUCCAUGGCUGGAUUUCAUAUUGGGAACGUGAUGGGCUUAGUUUUAACACCUCUUAUGCUAUCAUCACUUGGAAUUUCUGGUCCUUUCAUUCUCUUCUCCUCUCUAGGUUUAUUAUGGCUCUCAACGUGGGUGUCUGGGGUCACAAAUGACCCACGACGUAACCCAUAUAUCUCUAAAUCAGAACUGCUAUAUAUCCAAUCCGGCAAACUUAACUCUCCUAAUCCCAACAAUACUGACACGCCACCUCUACGUCUGCUCUUGUCCAAAAUGCCAUCUUGGGCUAUUAUUUUCGCUAACAUAACCAAUAAUUGGGGUUACUUUGUUCUUCUCUCCUGGAUGCCUGUUUAUUUCAAGACAGUGUUUAAUGUGAACUUGAAGCAAGCAGCUUGGUUUAGUGCUCUUCCAUGGGCGACAAUGGCAGUUUCUGGUUACAUUGCAGGUGCAGCAUCCGAUUCCUUAAUCCAAACAGGCUAUUCGUUGACCCUGGUACGAAAGAUCAUGCAGUCAAUUGGAUUCAUUGGACCUGGGGUCUCGUUACUUUGGUUAAACUACGCGAAUUCACCGGCUAUGGCUGCAGUAUUUAUCACAAUAGCCCUGAGCUUAAGUUCUUUCAGUCAAGCUGGCUUCCUUCUUAAUAUGCAAGAAAUAGCUCCUCAGUAUGCAGGAUUUCUCCAUGGCAUUUCGAAUUCGGCUGGGACUUUAGCUGCAAUAAUAAGUACAACUGGAGCAGGUUAUUUUGUUCAAUGGCUAGGAUCAUUUCAAGCAUUCCUCAAUCUCACAGCUGCACUGUAUUUUGCUGCAGCAAUCUUCUGGAACUUGUACGCGACGGGAGAGCGAGUUUUCUAGAUUAAAAUUUCAUAUAAUCAACUGGUAGCUUAAGUAGUAUAUGUAGGGUGUACAAGAGGAAGUAAAUACGCAAA